AUGACAAUUGAAAAUUUGACGAUUUGUUUUGUGAUUUUCGUUAAGUGUCGCCGAAUUAUUUAAACAAAUUAAUAAAUCAUUCAAUUGUGUUAAUAUCAACUCUAGAAUAAAUUUACCAAUUCCUUCCUAAUCCAAUAUGAUGGACUGUGUAGAAGAAAGCAACCACGAUCCUCUGUCAGUGCCUGCUGUGUCGACGCCCUCCAGCGGUGACAUCAAACCAGAGAAGAAGAAACCGAAUGAGAAUGUUUCGUUGGCUGAUAACAGUUUACUGGUUGACAUUUCGGACGCUCUGAGCGAAAAGGAAAAGGUCAAGUUCACUGUUCACACGAAGACGACGCUGCCGGAGUUUCAGAAGGCGGAGUUCUUCGUGGUGAGACAGCACGAGGAGUUUGUCUGGCUCCACGAUAGAUACGAAGAGAAUGAGGAGUAUGCUGGUUAUAUUAUACCGCCGGCGCCGCCGAGACCAGAUUUCGAUGCGUCUCGUGAAAAGUUACAGCGUCUCGGUGAGGGCGAGGGAGCUCUGACCCGUGAGGAGUUCCUCAAGAUGAAGGAGGAGCUUGAGGAGGAGUAUCUCGCGACGUUCAAGAAGACGGUGGCGAUGCACGAGGUGUUCCUGCAGCGUUUAGCGGCUCACCCUGUGUUCAGGAGUGACGCACACUUGAGGGUUUUCCUCGAAUACGAGCAGGACUUGUGUGCAAAGCCGCGAGGGAAAAUGGACCUUAUCGGUGGCCUCGUGCGGUCGAUGACGACGACGACGGAUGAGAUUUAUCUCGGUGCGACGGUGAGGGACGUGAACGACUUCUUCGAGCAGGAGACGGCGUUCCUGCAGGAAUACUACUCGCACUUGAAGGAGGCCGUCGCUAAAGUCGACAGGAUGACGUCCAAACAUAAAGACGUAGCGGACGCUCACAUCAAGCUGUCAUCCUGCAUAACUCAGCUGGCGACGAGGGAGCAGCCCUCCACGGAGAGAUUCCUCACGCGAGCGGCCGAGACAUUUGACAAGUGCAGGAAAAUCGAGGGUCGAAUGGCUUCGGACCAGGACCUGAAGCUGGCGGACACGCUGCGGUACUACAUGCGGGACGCGCACGCCGCCAAGGCCGUGCUCGUGCGCCGCCUGCGAUGUCUAGCCGCCUACGAAGCAGCCAAUAGGAAUCUGGAAAGAGCAAGAGCCAAGAACAAAGACGUGCACGCCGCGGAGCGGGCGCAGUCGGACGCGUGCGCGCGCUUCGAGCAGCUGUCGGCGCGCGCGCGGGAGGAGCUGCUCGACUUCCGCGUGCGCCGCGUGGCCGCCUUCCGCAAGAGUUUGAUAGAUUUGGCGGAACUCGAGAUCAAACACGCGCGCGCGCAGCAGGAGCUGUUCAGGAAAUCUCUGCAGGUGUUAAGGGAAUGCCAGUGACGUGAGAGAUGGCGUGCUCGAUGAAAUUAUGUUGUUUAUCUAUUCGAUUUAUUGAUAUAAUCUUAUUUACUUUAAGUAAAAUAUGGAGGAGGCUCUCGGGAGUGACUUGAUAUUAUUGAAUUCAAAAUGUUAUUUAUUCGAGUCGGCUCAUAAAAGUAC